GCAACAUUUCACAAACAUCCUACACACCACCUGCACGGCCCCAAGCCCUGCCUUUCAUACACAUACUACAACUUACCACCCUCCACUCCACGUCCUGACCAUAUACCUACCUUCUUCUAAACCCAACACUCUACAACUCUCAACAUCCAUCUGCAUAAUCAAACAACCAUGGAUGCUGAAACAAAAUCGGAUAUUUUAAAGGACCCUAAAAUUGAAACUAUUCUUCACAGUGAACUCGGUUUAUCCAUUCUUAAUGACAGAAUCAAAUCCCACUUAAACAUUUCCAAAGAAUUCGCAAACUUUUUGAAAAAACGUGCCAUCCUCGAAGAACAAUCCGCAAAAGACCUCCAAAAAACAACGAAAAGCUUUCUCGAAACAUUCCAAGAAACUAAUGCCCCUUCUACCUCCUUUCCGGCAGUACUUGUCAAAUCCCUACAGAUUCACGAACAACUUGCUGCUAACUCUUUUACACAAUAUAAAGCUUUCUCUACUUGCUCAGACGAACUUCUAGACUUCUACAAAAACAGUGAUCGCAAACGAAAGUCCAUCAAAGAAUAUGCUAAACGCCAAGAAAACUCUUACCUUGAAGCAGUCGUUCAAAUGGAUAAAUCCAAGGCUCGAUUCAAGAGUGCUGAGUCCGACUAUAAUCAUACUUUGGACCAAAAAAACGCGAGUGAUAACCAGAAAAAAGUUGGUUUUUUUAAACCGAAAUCCAAUGCCCAACUCUCAAGACUCGAAGAGGAAGCAAGAUCGAAAGCUGAAUCCGCCGAAUCUGACAUGAAGUCUAAAAUUCAAAGCGCUCAAACAGCUCAACAAGAACUUCUCCUCAUCCAUCGUCCCAACUACAUAAAGCAAUUCUUCAGCUUACAAAGGGAAAUCGAAUCCUCUCUUAAUUGUAAUUAUCUCCGUUAUACAAAACUUUGCGAAACACAUACCGCCAUGAAUGGUAUGCUAAUCCGUCCUCAGACGGUCUCAGCUCAAAACUGUGGAUUUGAACAUGCCCUCGACGCGUUCGAUUCCAAUGCAGACUUCCGCCAAUAUGUUCUUGAUUCCGCUACACGACGCAAAAACGAUCAAAACCCUUCAGAUGCUUCGAAAACAAAAAUCGUCCAACCUCCAAGUUCCUACGGUAACUCCAACCACCCACCUACUCCCCCAUCCGUGAACAUAUCGACGCCGACAAACCCUACUCAUAUAUCUAAUCCCUCUACAAAUAAUUUUAACCGCCCUAUACCUUCCACCAACCAACAAGCACCCAAUAAUCAAAAACAACCCUCUCAUCAGCUACCUCCUUCACCUACCAAAUCUCAAAAAGCUUCCCCAUCUCCAUCCGCAAUGAAAGGUCCUACCGUUCCCACAACAACCUCUCCUUCACCAACUAAAUCUGAUACCGUGCGUCCACUACCAGAACUACAAAGACCUAGCACACCAAAAUCUUCAAAAGCCGCCGCAAGUCCUCCACCUAUGUCAAUACACACAAAGCCAAAUGCUGCUGAUCUUACCACUCCGCCUUCUCCCAACUUCUUCCCAACUCAGAGCUCUGUUGACCCUCCUUCUAAACCUCAAACUCCUAUUACUGAUUCAACAAUCCUCUUUGGUGCUCAUUUGGAAGCCAUUCUCUUACGCGAACACUCCAACGUUCCCAAUAUCGUUGCCCAGUGUACCACCCAAAUAGAAACAUUCGGUCUCAACAUACAGGGUAUUUACCGAAUCCCCAGCGCCGCCCCCAAAGUGUUAGCUCUUCGCCAGCAGUUUACGAAUGACCCCCUCACCGUCCUCAAUUCCCCAAAAGACUACGGAAACGACGUUCACUGCUUGGCCGACCUCUUGAAAUCCUUCUUUCGUGAAUUGUCCGAACCUCUUAUUCCAGACCAACACUACAAUGACUUUAUAGACGCUGGCAAUGUUGAGGACGAAGCUCGUCGGAGAGACGCCGUGCAUCGUGCUAUCAAUGAUUUACCCGAUGCUAAUUAUUCAACUAUCCGCCAUCUAACAAUUCACUUGACUAAAAUCAAGGAUAAUAGUGACGUUAACAAGAUGUCUACGAAUAAUCUCGCCAUUAUUUGGGGCCCUACUUUAUUAAAACAAGCUACCAUUCCAGAAAUCAGUAGCUUUUCUCGCACUAUCGAAAUCCUCAUAGACUACUGCUUCACUAUUUUUGACUAUGACUAGAAUACUCAACAUACAUUCAACAUUUUGCUACAAUUUUUUAACUUACUACUUUUAAUUCUUCAUGUUACCUUGUUCAUAAAAACACGAUAAUCUCACUUGGGGUAUUUCCUUAUAAUUUUGUUCUAUUUUCAAUCUUUAGUUCUCAAGAAUAAUAUACGUAUUUCUUUUUUUUUUCUCAUAAUAUCAUAUCUUCAUCC